UAUAUUAGAUCUGCGCAUAAAAUGGAUUUGUGUAACACCCAGAAGGAAGAGUUUCCGAGCCCAUACAGUAUAUUUAUUCUUGAUCAGCUUCAAUAGCCCAGUCGAUUGAGCCAGUUCUGUCUGUCCGUUCGUCCGUCUUGUUUGACGCCUAGUACUCAGAGACUAUAAGAGCCAGAGCAACGAAAUUUUGUGGUCCACACUCGAGUGAUAUCACUCACAGAAGUGAACCAAGCUCUUUUUCAAAAUUUUUCCACGUCCUCUUCCUCUUUGUGGCAUCCACAAUAUUGAAGAGACAAGAAAACCAUAUCUGAAUCAGAUCGGAUCAUACAUAGCGUGGCCACGACGCUUACUCAUUUUCUGCCUCUGCAGUAUGUCCCUCUGUCGGAGGGGAACCAUAUUGACUAUGUAUCGGGUAUAAAUGUAGAGUUGCGGUCGCAGCAGCAACUCACCACGUUCCCCCUCGUUUGUUAUCGGUGCAUGCAUAAACAGCAACAACAGACGAAGGCUGGAUGCCCCGAUAGCCCUGUUUUAACUAUGAUUCACGAUGUAUGGAUAAUGCUUCACAUGGGAUAAAUUCGUUAAAAGAGCAUGAAAACAAUGCAUCCACAUCCACGUUCACCACAAACCACACACUCAUUUUUAAUAUCGGGUAUAAAAAAGGAUUAUUUUAUCCACAUUUAUCCAUUUGGCACUUUACUUAUAACGCUUCGCUGUACUCGUCUGGAGUUCAUCGAACAAGCGAAUAGACGCAUCUCCUGGACUGCACAAAAUACUGAUAGCUCUGCAGCAAGUAAGAUUUCGUAUUGAUCCGAGUCGAUCCCGAAUGCAAAGUGAGCAAAGAUGAUCAGAGGUCUAAGCUUAAUUCAUUCGAAAAAUAAAACCCAGCAAAUAUUGUAGCAAAACAAGAGAUACCAUCCUGUGUGUACCAAGUAUUUGAGAUUCUAUAGAGUAGAAUGCUACUUAUAUUGAGCGCUGUUUGUGUCACUCUGCUUAAUACAGCGACUCUUGCUGCUACAGAGAACGAGACCAUUCCAGACUGUGACUACUUCGACACGGUGAACGUGACGGGGAGCCAGCGGCUGGUCAAUGGUUCGUAUCUGUACCAGGGUGUGGUCAUUCCGGCCGAGCUUACGGCUGAAUUUGACUACAGGGUACUGCCGGACGACAGCACGGAGCCGGUGGAGAGACAUCUGCGAGGCUGCGUCUGCCAGCUGCGUCCGUGUCUCCGGCUCUGCUGCCACCACUCUCAGUUAAUGGCCAAUGGGCAGUGCAGUGGCAGCAUCGAGGUGGAUCUGACCCGACUGAACCCCUACUUGAGCGUGACCCUGGACGAUGGCACGGUGGCAAGACGACACUUCCAGGAGGAGUUCAUCAUUCAGAGCGAUCUGCCGAUCCCCUGCAAUGAUAUGUACCCGCUCAACGAUCAAGAGGAGUAGGAUCAGUACAUAGUCUUUUAGAAUGGAUCUUUCUUUCGAACAUACGACAGUGCAACGAAAAUUUCGUGAUGGCCAAUUUCCUGUGGCUGAGUGUCAUCAGCUGGAAUCUCCAUUCCACGUUCAGAUGUAGUGUGAGCCCCGUGAGUCGGUACCGGCCGAAGUACGUGUUCCUUAUGUACAACGUCUAUGCCUGGGGAAUGGCAUCCGUCCUCACUGCCGUCAUUUAUAUGGUGGAUCACCUGGUGGAGGAUAUUCCUGAGAAUGAGCCCUGGAUGCCUGGUGUUGGCUUCUACAACUGUUGGAUAAAGAGUGGGUUCGCUAUUGGUCUGGGGUUCAGAUGAUUCACAGUGUUUUGUACCUCAUGUAGCUCAAGACUGGUCAGCCAUGUUAUACUUCUUUGGACCGAUGUUGAUUGUGAUCAUUUUCACUCGAAAAGACGCAACCGUUGUAGGUACUUUUUGUUGUACUUUGGUGUCGGUUAACUACUUAAACUUAUUGAUUAGAUCUCUAGCAUGGUUAAGGUUCUCUUUUCUGGUCUUAUCUAUAUGAAGCUUUAACAAUUUAACCACGAUGCAGCAUGUUGAAAAAGGUAUAAAGACUUUAGCGUUAUUUACAAACUAUAA